CCCUAGGGCCAGCCCAUAUGCCCCACACCAAGCCCAAUUCAUUUUUAGCCCUCUGUAUAAUGAGGUCAUUUUAACCCUGAGCCCUGAAAGCCCCCUCAUUUACAGGGCUAGGUUGGGGCCAGCCCGCGGUUCAUCUAUUCACAUUUUUUCUUUUUCAGACCUUAUAUUGUUUUCCACGAUUAGUCACGAUUUUCUCGAGAAAAUUUUCGAUUCCCUUCUCAACAGCUACUUUCGUUGUUAUUCUUCAAAAUUUGGGAACCUGCUAUCAAAGCCUUUCAAUUCUAUAGAUGAUUCACCAAUAUCGAUCGAUAAUAUAAAAGUUCAAAACCUUAGCGUCGUUUAGAUUUGGCAGAUUCAAUUGCUUAUAGAUUACAUAUAAACUAUCAGUAAAGUAAUGAUUCAUAUGUUGAUCCUAAAUACAAGGACUACGGUGAUGUUCUUCUCAUAUUCUGGGGUAUGUUGGCAUCAGCUACAGUUCUCCCACACUUUAUUCUGCAAUCAGCAACCUUUAGAUACAAAUUGGGCCAUUGGUGGCCUUCUACUCACAGCUUGCAAUAUACUACUUACAGUAUGGUUCAUUGUCCAGGUGGAAAUCUUGAGGGAGUUCCCGGAUGAACUAACUAUGGUCUUUUUUUACAACAUGUGUGCAGCCAUAGCAGCUGCAACUGUUAAAUGGUGAUAUAUGUUUACAACCAGCAUUUUUCUUGCAAUAUGAGGAUAAUAAGAUUGGGGAUACAUUUUUACCUGUCUAAGUUUUCAAGCUGGGUUUCUCCAUGAAGUAAUAUAAUGUUAAGCGUCCUAUACAUAUUGGUUAGGAUCAAUAGUGACAUGCGAGAUUUAGCUUUGCUUGGAGAUUAUUUUUCUUGGAAGUCUUUCUUGAUAUUUCACAUCUUCUUGGAGAAUGGAGAUUAUUUUCUUUCUGUUCAACCGAAUUGGAAUUGGUGCAGUUGAUAAAUAAUUGUUAGAAUUGCUCAGAUUCCCUUGAUUCAAUGCUUUUUGACUUUAAUUCCUUGGUGACUUCUUGUUCAUGCUUCAAACCAGAUUGGAGUCCUCUUUUUUAUGGAAAAAAAUUACAUAUUAAUUUUUUGAAAGGCCCGCGGGCUGGCCCUAAACCAUAGGGCUUUUGGCCCAUGUGGGCCUAUGUCAUUGUGGGCUUUAUGGCCCUGCGGGCUUUUUGGCCCUAACCCACACGGGCUAGGGCUAAAUGGGUCGGGCUGGCCCGUUUUGACACCUCUAACGUACAUUCCCUUUUUUUCUUGUUAAAUUCUAAACAAAGGGUUGUUUAUGUUAUUUUAGAAAAAGUCAGGUCUGUAUAAUCUCAUUAAACGUGGAGAGGAGCAUGUAAAUUUACUUGACAUGUUUCUUUGUUUGGCAUUUGACUUCUAAUUUGUACCCUGUUUUUCAAAUACCAUGUUGAGGACGAGGGAACAUAUUAGUUCUUUGAAUUCAAGGAGUGAAGUAAAUACUGUGUCUAUCAUGCUGUUGUACUUAUUCCCAUAUGACUUUCGUGCAGACUGAUGGAAGGUUUCAACUUCAUUAACUUUAUAGUGUAUCAGUUUCUGUUGAUUAUAAGUUUGCACUUUUCGUUUUUUUUUCCUCUUCUAACUUUUGGCUCCAAAUGGAUUCUAUUAAAUAUUCAAUUCUGUAUAUUAAGGUCCAGUCAUGAUCUACUAGUUCUGGUUGUCUUCUGUAUUAUGUUUCUACAAGCUUCUGUACAUGCAAUCAGUUGUGUUGACAAAAAGAAGAUUUUUUGGGUGUCUCAGUUAGUUUUGCUUACAUUAUUUUGCUAGACUGAAAUGAAAAAUUCAAGCAACAGUAGUAUGGUUUAUACCUGGGGUGAAUCUAGGAUAUAAUACUUUGUUUAUUUAUUUAUUUUUGGGGGUGGGGCUG